UCAUUUUCCACUAUGCUCACGCCCAUGUGAAGCUCUGCAGCUGCUAUUAGUGUCAAAAAGUGUUACACAGAAAGACAASACAACAACAUAUUAACCCGAAAGCAUUUCCAUCGAAUGCAGCCGGUURGUUUGUAACARAAAAUGGCGUCCAAAGCUGUUUAUUCGCAGCAUAGAGAGCCACUGCUGAAGAAGAGAGAUGACUUUGAGGACAUCCUGGAGGAGAGGAGGAACACCAGCGACCUGAGAUACGCCCUCAGGUGUUACACUCCCGCUCUCUAUAAAGGACUGACUCCUUGCACAGCCAGCGACCUCAAAAACAUGGUGCUGCAGUCUGACCAGCUGCUUUACGUCAUCAAUCAGGUUUGCAAGGAGACKGGCACGGCCACAGAUGAGAUCCAGUCGGAGGCGGAGGCCAUCUUGGAGGAGAUGGCUCACCGCUUGCAGCUUACCACGGUCCGCUUCUUUGCUUUCACGCUCAGCAAAAUCUUUAAAACUCUGUUCAGAAGCAUCUGUGUAAACGAGGAGGGCAUCCAGAGACUGCAACAGGCCAUCCAGGAACAUCCGGUGGUCCUUCUACCGAGUCACCGCAGCUACAUGGACUUCCUCCUCAUGUCCUACAUCCUCUACACCUAUGAUUUAUCUCUACCAGUCAUUGCUGCUGGCAUGGACUUCAUGGGAAUGAAGAUCGUCGGGGAGAUGCUGCGAAUGUCCGGAGCUUUCUUUAUUCGGAGGUCGUUUGGCGGAGACAAACUUUACUGGGCUGUUUUCUCCGAGUACGUCAAGACCAUGCUGAAGAAUGGCUUUGCACCUGUUGAGUUUUUUCUGGAGGGCACAAGAAGCAGAACAGCCAAAUCCCUGACUCCAAAGUUAGGUCUGCUGAACAUCGUGAUGGACCCCUUCCUGAAGGGGGAAGUGUUCGACGUCAGCCUGGUGCCGGUCAGCAUCAGCUACGAGCGCAUCCUGGAGGAGGCGCUCUACGCCAGAGAGCUGCUGGGCGUCCCGAAGCCCAAGGAGUCCACGUCUGUGAGUCCUGAACACCAGACCCCAUCAGUUCUGGAUCCCUACUUCUAA